GCUCUUUAAACUUUCCUGUCUCUCCCUCCCAGCACCCAGUGAGUCUCCCAGCACCCAGUGAGUCUCCCAGCACCCAGUGAGUCUCCCAGCACCCAGUGAGUCUCCCAGCACCCAGUGAGUCUCCCAGCACCCAGUGAGUCUCCCAGCACCCAGUGAGUCUCCCAGCACCCAGUGAGUCUCUCAGCACCCAGUGAGUCUCCCAGCACCCAGUGAGUCUCCCAGCACCCAGUCUCCCAGCACCCAGUGAGUCUCCCAGCACCCAGUCUCCCUGCCUGGCAGGACCAGCCCCUUUCCCAGUAUCCCAUGAGUUUGGCCAGUUUGGGGCUCCCAUCUGAGGGGCUGAACCCAGUGGACACACAACGUUGCUGAGGUUCCGUUGGGGGGAGAGGAGAGGAGCCUGGGACACCGAGACCCAGAGAGAGGUUCCAGCCCUGUGGCAAGAUGGCGCCUACAAUGGCAAAGAUCUGGUGGUGCUUCCUAGUGAUGUGCACCAUGGUCCGGCUUUGUGCCCCUAUGCAGGAUUCACAAAUGAGCCCCAGUCACCCAGCGGGACCCCCCAUUGCACUUUACUGGACCCCAACCCUUCUCCUGAUCCCCAUUUUGGCGUUGGCUUUGUACAUCCUGCUGCCAUUUUGGCGCAAACCUCAGCUGAAUGAAGAAGAGGACCCUUGUAUGAAGGUGCUGAGCUGCUGUGGAAUGGGGGUCCCUCUUGGGAGCAUGAUUGUGCCCCCCGAAAGGGUCUAGUGAUUAGCCCCCCGGCACCGGGACCUGUGCUCUGCUGAUGAUUUGCCCAAGUGGCACUUGGACUACAAAUACCGGUUUGUGCCAAAUACCAAAGUGCCAGGGAGGGGGGCAGGUUUGUUUGUCACUUGUGUUCUUGUAGGGACCAAUGGUGAUAGAGGGAAUGGGUGGGGGGUCCUGAAGGCACCCUUGUAUGUGAAUGGGUUGGACUCACAAGAUGGCAAUUACCUGUGUACAAGCCAGAGGGGGGGGGGGGCAGGAGAGGGGGUAAAACAAGAAGCUUUAUUCAGCCACAAAGGACUCCAGAGAUUUGCCUCCUGGUGCAUUUGGGGAACUAUGAAGGUGCCUAUAAAGCUCCAGCCAAGGGUGCACCGGGGCAACUUGUUGUGUAAUUCCUGUUCUACAUGGGGAGUGUGGGGGUUGUUAUUGGGACAGAGCAAGGGCACGGGGCAUCUCUGUUACUGAUGUGUAAGGACUGGAUUUCCCAGGAACGUGGGAAUAAGGAGGGUACUUUCUGGGUGACACCCAAUCUAUUGCCCCAUGUGUCAAACCCAGUAAGUGCAAUGCAUUUCCCUGUACCCCAUUUAAUGAACUGAGAAAUAAAUAUAAACUUUAUUUUUGUAUGAAA